ACACACUUAUUUAGGACUAGACCUAUUUCAAUGAAGUUAAUUGCCUGGUGUCAAGCUAAUUGGCAGGACAAUGACGCACACCUGAUUGCAGAGAGAAGUGUUUUGUCAUUGCAGCAGCACCGACUGAGAGUGAUUACGUCAACCAGACAGAUUAGAAAAGGCUUAGAAGAGAGAACUCAUUCUAUAGCUGGCCACUGAUGAGCAGGUGACAUUGCAGUCAGCAAGAAAAACAGCAAGCGUAAAGAGAGCCGAGAUCAUUUUUUUUGGUGAAAUGAUUAGUGGAUUUGGGCCGUCAGUGCUUCUGGGGAUUAUCGUGGUGGUGUCGGCAUGGGCAUUAUUCAUAAUACAGAGGAAUCUCUUUGGCCAAAAAGGCAAAAGAAAUGCAGGAGAGACUAGAGCUGAGGGGCUUCCUGUAGAGGCUGAGGAAAAAACGAACGUAAAAAGCGCAGGGAAUUUGGAGAGUCUCUGCAUCAAAGAAGCAACAGAUCAUCCUCUGAAAAAUGGAGACAACAUACAAGAGUCCAAAGAGACAUCCAGUGUUCAGGAACCCAUGCAAGAGGAAGACAUUGCAGCAAGGACUGGUUCUACAUCGCCAAAUGAAAUGGACCUGCCUUCUGUUGACGGACACCAUACUGACACUGUGCCUGGCAGUAAUGAGCAUUUAAGUGAGAAAAGUCAAACCCAGCUCCCAAAAAAAGCAACGCCUGUAGUGGGAAUGAAAACGACAGGCUUUAAUGCCAAUAUGGACAAUGCAUGGGAACCCAGUAUGGAAAAAACUGAAGUAAGCAUCAUGGAGGCAACAAUGAAUGACGAGUGGAUGAAGGGGCUUGACGACAACUCUGGAGAUUUGAAUGGCGGAGAGAGUACAAAAAUGCAUGACAUGCAAUUGGGCAUUCACACAGAUUCAGGAUCUAAAGAGGGUGCGCUGGGAGACCUGGACACCGCAGUUAUACAGGAGUCCGUGCAGACAAGCAAGAAGAUCUUGGCUGUGUCUCCAAUGCCGCAGAAUGUUGGUGUAUCUUUCCGUGUGCACUAUAUUACCUGUUCACCGUUCCAGUUGAUCGCUGUUACUGGGAACCACAGGGAGCUUGGAAACUGGGAGAACUAUGUGCCUCUAAGGCAGGAUAAAAAUGGAUUUUGGUGCAAUUCAAUUACCCUACCGGCUGAUGUGAAAAUGGAAUGGAAGUUUGUGAUGGUGGAGAAUGGUAAGAUCAAGCGCUGGGAAGAGUGUUUUAACAGAUGUUUAGAAACCACCAAUGAUGACAUUAAAGCACACACAUGUUGGGGAUAUCACAUGUAAUCUGGUGCUGGAAUUGUGUAAAUUGAGGCUUUUACUGCAAAGGCAAGGCAUUCAAUUGUACUUCCAGUAGCUUGUUGGCAUCUGUUGCAGGAAUGUUAUGGUGUAAAGUCCUUUGUGGUUUUUGGAGUUCAUUGUGGAACCUUUAGCGAUGUGCUCACUGUUAGACCAAUGAGAGAUGUGACAAAUAAACUUGUAUGUUACCAAUUCAUGUUGAUUAUCUGGACAGUGUUUAGUAGAAUAAUGGCAAUAUACCUGAAAUACAGUAAGCAUUUAUGCUGUUGUGUGCAAAAAAUGGCUUUAAGAGAUGGCUGUUUUAAACAUGUUGACUGUAAUAACUUUAAUUGCUUGUAGCUCUCAACUAAUUGUCUAUAUAGAGCAGCUUACACUUGUAUGAAAUUGGUUGUGCUUGCAGGCAAAUGAAUAACGUUGAGCGAUUUUGAUUUAAAGAUGGCGUUUCCCCACAUGGUGACCCUGUACACUUGGGGGGGGGGGGGAGAUAUUAACAGUUCAGUUUACGUUCCCAAAAGGUAGUUUUAGCUUCAUGGAUACACGUGCUCUCAUCCCUAAUACUGGGUUGACCGAUGGGCAUGGUCUAGCUAUCUGCAGCAAUUUAAAUUGAGGCUAGACAUGAGUCAAGCUCUGCUGUAGCUCAAGAAGCAACAACACUACACAUUCAAUAGUUGUGGCUUAUGAUACUGGACAUGGGUGCAAUGCCAAAUCACUGUGGCAAAAGGAAAAAACAAUUGCCCAAUAGAGUAUAAACAAAUUGCUGUCUGAUGCUUUACCUGAACUAAAAUAAGAUUUAAAAGCUUAAUCCUAUUGGAAUGGGGAAUCUGCAUGCAAAUGGCAUGUCCCUUUUUAUAUAAGGACCACUCUACAUUACUGAGAUGUAACUUUUUAGUUAUGUUGGGAGGUAGGCAGUUUAAAAUAAAACAUUGUCACAGUAAAACCAUCUUUUAAAUCAUGCUGUUUCUGUUGACAGUGCUCUUAAAAUUAACUACCAUGUGAAAAUCUGGAAAUGUAUCUGGUGUAUUUACCUAAUGAUAUUCUUUGUUUUCAGGUCUAGUGUGAGCUGAUGUCCUAGUCUCACGUGAUAGUAUGUAUCAUUUGGUUGUGUUAAGCUUUUAAUUCCAAUCCUAAAAAUACUUUGUAUAAGGUGUUUUUCUUUUUUUUCCUGGGGGGGGGGGGUUGCUUUUAAAUUAAAGCAACCAUUGUUUUAUUUGUAAAGUUGUAUUAAAGAUGGAGAAACAA